GCGGGGCGGGGGCUGCGGCGGGGAGCGGCUCGGGCCCGGCCAUGUCCGAUUACCGGCUCUCGGUGGAGGAGCUCAACGAGCUGCUGGCCAACGGCAGCGGCUGCUACAGCCUCCCCAGCGCCCACAGCAACGAGGUGGUGCCGCGCGUGCACGUGGGGAACGCGUUUGUAGCCAAGAACAUUACGAAGCUGCAGCAUCUGGGGAUAACCCAUGUUCUGAACGCAGCGGAGGGGAAGUCGUUCAUGCAUGUGAACACUAACGCCGAGUUCUAUGAAGGCACAGGCAUCCGAUACCACGGCAUUAAAGCCAAUGAUACGCCGGAAUUUAACCUUAGUCGCUAUUUUGAGGAGGCAGCUGACUUUAUAGAGAAAGCACUUGCCCAGAAGGAUGGCCAAGUGUUUGUGCAUUGCCGUGAGGGCUACAGCCGUUCUCCUACACUGGUCAUCGCCUACCUCAUGCUUCGCCAGAACAUGGAUGUCAAGACUGCACUGAGCACUGUCCGGCAGAAGCGAGAGAUUGGUCCCAAUGAUGGUUUUCUUAGGCAGCUUUGCCAACUCAAUGAGAGAUUAGUGAAGGAGGGCAAGCUGAAACCCUAGAACAGAGCACUGAAGUGUUGUUUGAAGUUGCUCAGACCAUCAGAGGACACCUUAUGUGCUUUAGAUUCCCAAACCCCAAUCACCAAGCUAAAUCACAUAACCUAAGGGAGACGGAAUUCCUGCUCUUGUCAAGUAAAAGUACCUUUCAUGAGCUCUGGGUCAGUCUUUCAAGAUGGCACAGAAUUGUGUCACUGUUGGAAGCUGUUGCAAUAAAGGGGUGGUUUGAGAGAUGUAAUUCCAGUGAUAACGACUGUCUCCACAUGCAUUUCAGAGCCCCUGCAGACCCUGUAGCAGAUUAGGUUUGUGUUGACGUUGCGUGUGAUUCAUUUAAC